AUGAACAGACAGUACUCGUAUCCAAGCGAAGGCGCUGUUGUCAGAGGACAGAGUAAAGUAGAAAAGGCAAAAUAUGUGCACACUGAAAACAACUUAAGACGGACUCUUGAAAACAUCAGUGAAUCAUUCAGACGCACGAACAAACGUUUGAGCGACGAGACUGAUACACUCCGUUCAGAAUUGCUGAAGCUGAGACAAAGUGUUGAACAAAUACAGCAAGAAAAGAUGAAGAGAAAGACGGGUGAAUAUCAUAAGAGGCGGCCAUACCAAGCUGAAAGAUUUCUUGCUGACGAGAAUGUUGUCACUCUGAGACCUUUCGGCGAUUCCAAUUCAAAGUUUGUUACCCAAAGAAAGUCUUGGGCUAAAAAGCAAAAUCAAAGACGUUUGGCCCCUAUCAGGUUACAUCAAAACAAACCAAAAGACAUUGACAACGAAGAGGAAAUAUUUAUAUACGAUAAGAAAGAACAACCAAAGACAUUGCCCGAAGGGACAAAGGUAAAGCAGGCUGCACCAUUCAAGUUACCUAAAAUAAAGACUUCUCUUUGUACGAAUGACGAGCCUUUUACAAGACGGAAAGAAACAGACAUAAAGAGAAUUAGUAAAGACAAUCAAACUUCUAGAUUACAAAAACAUAUGUCAGUUGAAGAGAGGAAAGUUUCUCCUAAUCAAACGCGGUACUUGGAAGUUCCAAGAAUUCCUGUAUGUGACUUAUUAAUGGAUGUUCAAACCUAUGAGUCCAGGGGCAGAGCAAAUAUCAUGCAGAGCAGACCGCACUUUCUACCCCCUCUGGAUAAAAUUACAGAAGGCGAAGUUGCGGAGCUAAAAUCAAGUUUUCCAGCAGAUGAAAUGAAUUUGGUUGGAAGUGACAAGAGUCUCAGUGAUGAGAAUAAUUAA